CUUAACGGCUUCCCGUCGGCUACGUAUCAUCCCCGGAAGAUUUUACCUUUCUCCUGACACGUAGCAACCGCAACCAAGUUGUUAGGGUUCUGGGUAGAUUUGUCAAACAUCACAGAGUGAGAGAUGGCAGGGUUUGACAAUUUCAACACAGACUUUUACCAGUCCAGCUACAGUGUAGAUGACCAAAGCCAGGGCGGCUAUGGCUACAGCAACGCUGAAAACUACAAUAAGCCAUACGGUCAGUAUGACUACUCCCAGCCCAUGGACUACUCUUCCCCAGGGAUGAUGCAACCCCAGCAGCCAUACACAGGACAAAUCUUCCAGCCCACACAAACCUACACCCCAUCCCCAUCACAAUCUAUGUAUAGUAGCAGCUUCGAUGAUGAGCCACCACUGCUAGAAGAAUUAGGAAUCAACUUUGACCACAUCUGGCAGAAGACUCUGACGGUGCUCCAUCCGCUAAAGGCAGCAGACGGCAGCAUCAUGAAUGAGACAGACCUGGCUGGCCCCAUGGUCUUCUGUUUGGCAUUCGGAGCAACACUUCUCCUGUCGGGUAAGAUCCAGUUUGGCUACGUGUACGGUAUCAGUGCAAUUGGCUGCCUUGGCAUGUACUGCCUACUCAAUCUAAUGAGUAUGACGGGCGUCUCCUUCGGCUGUGUGGCCAGCGUGCUGGGAUACUGCCUCCUCCCUAUGAUCCUCCUCUCCAGCUUUGGAGUCCUCUUGUCUUUACAGGGCAUGAUUGGAAUUAUACUAACGGCAGCAAUCAUUGGCUGGUGCAGUUUGUCAGCCUCAAAGAUCUUCAUCUCGGCGUUGGCCAUGGAUGGACAGCAGCUGUUGGUUGCUUACCCCUGCGCUCUCUUGUACGGGGUCUUUGCACUCAUCUCUGUCUUCUAAAAAAAAAAAAAAAUAAGAUAACAAAUUAGAUAACUGCCUCCCCCCAGUUUGUGUAAUUUCAGUGUAUUGGCUAAUAACACUGUUAUUACAGAAAAUCAGAGCUCCUGUCUAAAUCGGCACCAAUUUUUUGUUGUUUAAUAAACCUCCACCUCUCACUACAUUCGGACAUGACCAUCUGCAGGCUGGAGUGUAGUGUCUCGUCUGUAACGUCUUCUCUCCACCUUGCACCCCCUCAUACAUUUAAAGGAGAGGACUGUCAAAUAACCUGGUGAAAAAUAACUCCUGUGGACCAAGUUGAGCCUUAAAUGGCAUAGUACAGUCAUGAAUUUUAAUGACACGAAGGGGAAGGAAGCGAGCAACUAGUUCACACAAGGGGGAGAAUUAAUUUGAACACAGAUGUGAAAAGGUUCUAAAUUUCCAAGAAGGGCCGAUAACCAACCCUCAGCAAAUGCUGCAGCCCCAUCUGGAGCCAGUGGAUACGCCACGUAUCAUGAUUUUUGCAAAAGCUGUUGCAAACCAGUAGAUUCUACAGCUGCAAGACUAAAGGAAACACCCACUUUCCUACAGUAUACUAGAAGACUACAGUAGCUCAUCCUACUUCUCCACAGAAACGGUAGAGGAAAAUGGGGGUCUGCACCUCGGCCUUCUUUUCUCCAGGGCCAUGGAUCUCAUCAUUUGCUCAUCACAGCAGUGAUCUGAUAUUUGAUGUAAGAACAUGUAAUAAAACUGUAUUGUUUUAUUAUAUUCUCUUAAAAAUUCAUUUGAGUUUUGAUGCCUUUCAAGAAGACAAAAAUACAUUUUGCACAAAAGCAUUGUUAUCAUUUUUAAAACCAAACGAAUUUGAUAAGACAUUGAGAAUUAAUGGUCUGAGAGAUACUGUACUGUGUAGGUACAAACAUGCCUCCAUAGGUUGUUGCUAUACUUUGCAUGCUUUCUUAAAUCUCACUUUGUAUGCUUAUGUGUCAUCUGUUUGUGUCUUCUCAUGCACAUUAAAGUUGUCUUUGAAGGUUA